UAGUUGUAGUUGGGAGCCAGCGUGUGUGAGCCGCGCUUCACUUCCAGAUUAUAAAUAAAUAUCAUUAAAUGACGUGAUUUGCAUACCCAGUUCAUCUUCCAAUUAUCUUUCAGUCAGAGAUCAGGUCUGGAGCAGUAGAGAUGGUGCUGUUAAUCGGGCUGAUUUCAUAUUGGGCUGUUUCCUGUGCUGUGGCAGCACCAACAGUGCAUUUGAUAAAACAGGAAGACAGUGCAGACAUCCCUGAUAUUCAAACAGAUCUACCACAGAUAGUCGACCCGCUGUGGAUGACGGUGACAAUGAAACCACUUGUUAAAACCGCUGUAGUGAAGCCAAUUAGCAAAAGUUAUCAGCCGCCGCACGAAACAGUCAACCAGAAUUCGCCCCCGCAGCAACCGUCGUACUAUCCUUACUACUAUCAAUUUCAACCGGCAUCGAAUCCUGAGCCACUCUAUCCUUACAACACACCGCAAUAUCAAUACCAGCCGGGCUACCAACUUCAAUGGCCUUCAGUGUCGACCCAGCCGUUGGUAGCAUCGCAGUUGUUCCCGCUCCCGCUACCGCAAGUAGGCAGCAACAAUCCACCCUGUGGCGAUAGCGGCAGAAAUAUCGGCGGUUAUCACCAGCACGGCUAUUAAUGCUGCAGCUUUGUACAAAUCUCUCGUAAAUCUGUGUGAUUAUAAAAUACAAAAGCAAACACUCGUCAAUUUUAUUCCCGUGCAGUGCCUAAUUUUACGAGUGAAAUCACUUCAAAGUGCGCCUUUCGCUCCUCUGAUGGCGAUGGCGUAGGACUGCUAGCGCUGUAGCAAUAAAAGCUUCAAAGGCAUUCGGAGCAUCAUCUCGUCUCUCGCCGGAAAUAAAUACUUGCCGGAGUCUUUUGUUCGCAGCCGAGCCAAGGCAGCAUUAAGAAA